CAGCCCAGGGGCUUCCUGCUGCCUGCUGACGGAGGAUGGCCUUGGGCACCGUGAUCCAUGUGGCCCCCGAGCAGCCCACCCAUGCCGUGUGUGUGGUGGGCACAGCGACCCUGCUGGAUGUCUGUGGCUCUGCUCCUAAGGGCUGCGCAUCCUUCAGCAUCACAGCCUCCCCGGGAGUAGUUGUAGAUGUCAGCCACAGCCCUCCAGCCAAGAGGAGUACCACGGGGGCCUCCAAAUGGCCUCUGGACCCCCAGCUGGAGGUGACCCUCCAGGUGAAGGCAGCCAGCAGCAGCACAGAUGACCAGAAAGUUCGAAUUUCAUAUUAUAGACCCAAAACCUCGCCGAUCCAAGCCCUGCUCUACCUCACUGGAGUGGAAGUCUCUCUCAGCACAGACGUCACCCGCACAGGCAAGGUGAAGCCCAGCAGAGGUGGGAAAAAUCAGAGUACCUGGACCUGGGGCCCGGGUGGCCAUGGCGCCAUCCUGUUGGUAAACUGUGACAAAGAGAACCCCAAGUCCUCCAGGAUGGACUUCGAGGAUAAUGAAGUCUUGGACAACAAAGACCUGCAGGACAUGUCUCUGAUGACCCUGAACACGAAGACUCCCAAAGACUUCUUUGGCAAAUAUCAGCUGGUGCUGCAUGUGCCCAAGGCCAAGAUGAACAAAGUGAGGGUGUUCCAGGGCACACGGGGCAAACUGCCGUCCAGGUUUAAGGUGGUCCUGGGGCCCCAGCAGUUCUCGCACCGCCUGGAGCUGCCGGGCGGCCAGCAUAGCACAGACUUCUAUGUGGAGGGGCUUGCCUUCCCUGACGCCGACUUCCAAGGCCUCAUUUCCCUCACUGUCUCCCUGCUGGACAAAUCUAACCCGGAGCUCCCCGAGGCCCUGGUGUUCCAAGACAGUGUGAUGUUUCGUGUGGCCCCCUGGAUCAUGACCCCCAACACGCAGCCCCCCCAGGAGGUAUACGUAUGCAGGAUUGCCAACAACGAAGACUUCCUAAAGUCACUGACUGUUCUGACCAAGAAAGCCAGGUGCAAGCUGACUGUGUGCCCAGAGGAGGAGAAUUUGGAUGACCAGUGGAUGCAGGAUGAAAUGGAGAUUGGCUACACCCAGGCUCCCCACAAGACGCUGCCUGUGGUCUUUGACUCCCCGAGGGACAGAGGCCUGAAGGACUUCCCUGUCAAACGAGUCAUGGGUCCAAAUUUCGGCUAUGUGACCCGAGGGCCCCAUAUGACAGAGGUCACUGGGCUGGAUGCCUUCGGGAACCUGGAGGUGAGUCCCCCAGUCACCGUCGAAGGGAAGGAGUACCCACUGGGCAGGAUUCUCAUCGGGAGCAGUGGUUACUCCAGCGGCGAGAGCAGGGACAUGCACCAGGCCUUACAGGACUUCCUGGGCGCCCAGCAGGUGCAAGCCCCCGUGAACCUCUUCUCCGAUUGGCUCUUUGUGGGUCACGUGGAUGAGUUCCUAAGCUUCGUCCCAGCACCGGACAGGCAGGGCUUUCGGCUGUUACUGUCCAGCCCCAGAGCCUGCUUUCAGCUGUUCCAGGAGCUACAGGGCCAGGGCCACGGUGAAGCGCCCCUGUUCGAAGGACUCAAGAGAAAAAAGCAGCAGACGAUCAAUGACAUUCUGUCCAGCAAGAAACUGAGGGACCAGAAUGCAUAUGUGGAGAGCUGUAUCGACUGGAACCGGGCAGUGCUGAAGCGGGAGCUGGGCCUGGCAGAGGGUGACAUCAUUGACGUCCCACAGCUCUUCAAGCUUGUAGGGAACUCCAGAGGGAACCAGAAGGCCGAAGCCUUCUUCCCAAACAUGGUGAACAUGCUGGUGCUGGGCAAACACCUGGGCAUCCCCAAGCCUUUUGGGCCCAUCAUCAAUGGCCGCUGCUGCCUGGAGGAGAAAAUUUGCUCCCACCUGGAGCCGCUGGGUCUGCACUGCACCUUCCUCAAUGACUUCUAUGCAUACCACGUGUACCACGGAGAGGUUCACUGUGGCACCAAUGUUCGCAGAAAGCCCUUCACCUUCAAGUGGUGGCACAUGGUGCCCUGAGUCACCGCCUCCAGCAGCUUCCCAUGAAGAUUGUCCUAGGCCGAGGUUUCUGGCUCCCUGCAGUGAGGUGCAACAAGAGAUCUGGGGAUGUUUGGGCUUCCCCAGGGGUGGCUACCCUUCCCUGCCACUGUGGCUUGCUUGCUUCACCCAUGUCUGCCUCUUGUCCCAUCUCUGUAUGUCCAAAAAUGGUCCUUGCAUAGCAAACUCAGUUCUACUUAGAGAUGCUACAGUAAAGAUGUGGUUUCGGGUCUUUAUUUUACCAUUGAAUGUCACCCCCCAGCCAGCCCUAUCUCUAUAAAGCAAAGUAAAAUCAGUUUCAAAGCACCCAUGAGGUAACAGCUGGAAGUUCUUCGACUAUUUACUAUGAUGUGUGUCUCUCUAUUUUUCUUUUUUAAAGCAGUGCUUGAAAUGGAACCCAGAGCCUCAUG